GCCGGCUGUCUGUGUCCCGCUAACCCCCUGGAAGUCCCCUGAGAGCCCGGCCGCCGUGGGCCCCCGUGAUCAGGCAUCGCCCUGGCCAGCUAUCUGGCUGGGCCGCCGGGGUCCUGCGCUGAGAGCCCGUGCUGGGGGGACUGGGAGACCCCGGGCCGACUGCUGCUCAAACACCGCGUUGACAUGGAUGAUGAAGACGGCCGGUGUUUGCUAGAUGUGAUUUGCGACCCACAGGCUCUGAAUGACUUCUUACACGGAUCCGACAAGCUUGAUGGAGAUGACUUGUUGGAGAACACCGGAGAUGCGACUAAUGCCUUCUUUGUGGGCACAGGGCUACAUGUACAGGAAAAUCCUGGGAACCAUCUAAAUGCCGAACCGAACCCUCCGGCUGCCAGUGUAGAUUUGGACUUUUUGGAAGAUGACAUACUCGGGUCACCGUCAGGGGCUACGUCCAGCCUCGCCAAUUCUGACCAGCCCUGUGACAUUCUCCAGCAGAGCCUCCAGGAGGCUAAUAUCACAGAGCAAACUUUGGAGGCUGAAGCUGAACUGGACUUGGGUUCCUUCCAGCUCCCCAACCUGCAACCGGUGGUGCAGGCCGCCCCGGAUGGUACAUCCCAGAUAUUUUCCGGAGGGGCUGACCUCAUUGGGUUGCAGCAGCCGGCAGUGCUGACUCACCAAGCCCUCGUUCAGCAAUCUGUAGGGGCAGAUGUCGUCAAUAAAGCCAUCAGUGUCCAACCGUUCAUUCAGCAAGUUGGCCUGGGCAAUGUCACCAUCCAGCCAAUAUCUAACCUCCCAGGUUUGCCCAAUGGCAGCCCUGGUGGGGCACUGGGCAUUGGACAAAUACAGGUAGUGGGUCAGCAAGUAAUGGCCAUCAACCAACCUACACAGCAGAUCAUUGCCAAGCAGGUGCAGCCAACACAAGUAACCAAUCUGCCAGUUGGCAGCUACCUUACAGGACCAUCCCCAGAGCAGCAGCAAGUCACGCUAGCAUCUAGUGGUGUGUCUCCACAAAGUGCAGGACUGGUCCUGCAGAACAAACUUCCAACAGUGGCCACCACACUCAAUGGAAACUCCAUGUUUGGCAGUGUGUCUGCAGCACAGUGCACUCAGUCCCUUACGGUUACUUCCAGUUUAAACAGCCCAGUUAUCAUCCAACGCACCCCUACCCCUAUUCAGCCCAAACCCACUGGUGUUCUGCAGCCGAAGGUGUUUCAGAUUUCACCAAAAUCUUUAGCUCCUAAUAACACCACGCUUACCAUACAAGGAGAGGCUUCCCUGCAGCAGCAAAAGCCUCAGCAGAAUCUAACCUUUAUGGCUGGAAAGUCUGGGCAGAAUGUCGUACUGUCCAGUUUCCCCCAAGGCCUCCCAGCCAAUGUCUUCAAGCAGCCGACUCCACAGCAGCAUGCACUGGGCAAGCCGAUGAGUGUCCAACUUGUCAAUCACCAAGGAAACAGCAUCGUAAUCCCUGCACAGCACGCCCAAGCUAUGCUUCAAGGGCAAAACCAGUUCCUGCUGCCAGGGCAGCUGACAGGAGCCUCCACCGUACAGCAACUGUCUGCCCUCCAAGCUAAUAUGGGGGGCCAGAUCCUAACUGCCUCUCAUCCUAGUGGACAAGCUCACAUCAUUGCCAGCCAAGGUCCUGGGGGUCACCUCCUCAAUCAGGCCCUGCUCACAAACCAGAAUCUAGCAAACCAACUAAACCUAGGACAAGUACUUGCAUCUCAGAACGCCCAUGGUACGGCCCAUAUCCUUUCUGGGCCUAUUCAACUGCAGGCUGGGCAGGUAGGACAGCCCACCUUGUUCCAGAUGCCUGUGUCUAUAGCUGGCAACCUGAGCACCCAGAGUCAACCUACAGUCACCACGUCUUUGAACCAGGCAGGACAGACCGUUAUCCAAGGGGUAACAUUACCCAACCAAGUAGCCAUGUUUAAUUCAUCUGAGAGCCUUGGUCAAACAGUCAGCAUCCAGCAGGCCUCCACACGUAGCAGCCAGAGCCCAGGAAUUGUGCAUCAACAGGCCCAGCAAGUUGUCCAGAGUGCAAGCCACCUGUCUAGUGCAGAGCAACCCUCCUUACUCACCGUCCAAACUCAGCAGCCUUCACAAGGACAAACCCAGCUCCAGCUGAAUGUACAGUCUCAGCCUCUAGCAACCCCCCAGCAGGCCAUGCCUAUAUCUUCUCAGCCUAGCCCUAAUCUGACCUCAAGUCCGGACAAGAUCAUCCUUGGGCAGACCACUUCAGGAGCUAUUCUGAAUGCAGAGUCCAUGCAGAUGUUCCUGCAGCAGCAGAAGGAGCAGCACUUUUACGAAGCAGCCUUGAAAUCCCAGCAGGAGAGCGGCUUGGUUCAAACCUGUGCCCCACCACACCUCCCCAUGCCAAUCUACAGCAUAGCCACCUCCAGCAGCAGCAGUACCUCCACCAGCAGCAGUAGCGUGCCCGCUUCCGUCAUAGUGAGCAGCAGUGCCGGCUCCUCCAUCCAGCCCAAUCGCGAGCUGGGCCAGAACCACGGAGCAGCAUCGGAUCCCAAAGGACAGAUUCAGAUACCUCAUUUCCCAGCCAACCAAUCUCAGCAGGCUCUGUCCUGCCAGAUUCCCACAGGGCAACAGAAACUCCCUGGAGCGUCUCCUUCCCACUCACUACCUCAUCCUCCAAGUCCUCAAUUGCCAUCCUCCACCUCUCACCUUUCUCAAAUGCAGUCACCCCAUCAGUCACGACCUCCUUCCCAGCCACAGCCUUUGUCACGGCCCCCUUCUCGACCUCAUUCCCGCCCCCCUUCACAGCCUCAGAGUGUCCCCCGUCCUCCUUCUGAGCCUCUAUCCCGCUCUUGCACUCCACAGAUGCAAAACCUUUUUGUCAUUCAGAAUCAGAUCUCUUCCCCGCAUGGUGCAUCCCAGCACCCACUACGCCCCCCAUCUCAGCCUCAGGUACAGACCACCUUUACCCCUCACCAGCAGCACCCCUCAGACGUUCCCCAAACAUUGUCCUCACCCCAGCAACAGCAGCACAUACAGUUCCAGGUGCAGCUGAGUUCCCCCCAGGGUGAAAUUCGGACUGGGGUUCCCAUUUCUCUGCAAACUAACCCUCCCACAUCAGAGGCACAGACCCACUCAUUCCAAGUGCACCUCCCAGCUCAAACUCCCAUGAAAACCCAGACCCCCGGGCAGCCCCUACAUCUUGCAGCCGACAGUCAGCGGACGUUUCAGAUGACCCCGAGUCAGUUCCAGGCACUGUCUCUGUCCAAUUCUGUGCCGCAGCACAAACAGCUCCUGGAGAGGUACCAACAGAUGCAGCAAGGUCUGAUGCUGACAACUGCACAGCCCUCCAACACUCAGACAUCCCCAGCGGUGGGGGGGCAAUAUAGUGGGCAGGCCCAGUCUGUGCUGAUGAGUGGACAAGGGCAGGCUGUGUCUGCUCAGAAUCCCUUACAUGGUCAUUCACCUGGUCAGGUGCUGGUUCAGCCCUCGCCCGUGUCACACGGCGAUAUGCCCAAAGUGCAGGGAGCAGGUGGAAACCAGACGUCUCAGCUCUCAACAAUGAUGCAGCAGCAACUGCAGCAGCAGCAACAGCAACAACUGCAGCAGCAGCAACAGCAACAACUGCAGCAGCAGCAACAGCAACAACUGCAGCAGCAGCAACAGCAACAACUGCAGCAGCAGCAACAGCAACAACUGCAGCAGCAGCAGCAACAGCAACAACUGCAGCAGCAACAGCAACAACUGCAGCAGCAGCAACAGCAACAACUGCAGCAGCAGCAACAACUGCAGCAGCAGCAGCAGCAACAGCAACAACUGCAGCAGCAGCAAAUGCAAUCACAGCCACACCAACUGCAACAGCAAGCAACUGUUCUGGUCAAAACGUCAGGCCCAGUUAGCGGUUCAGUGCCCCCUGAAACAAAUGUGUACCACAACCAUGGUGGGAAGCCAACUUCAGUCCAGGCCAAAGCGGGCACUGCCAUGCCUGUGGCUACACAGGCUAAACCUGGGGUGAUCAGUUCUGUUUCUGGGCUCAACCUGGGCAAAGGCUCGCUGCAGAUCCAGGUGGUUGGCAAAGGGAUUACACAGAUGGUGCCUGCUGCUCCGGUCCAAACCCAGCCACAGUUUGAACAUAAAUUUGGAGCAAUGAAGAAACUCCCCACACUACAGCCAAGCAAGGAGGCUUGCUUCCUUGAGCAGUUACACAAACACCAGGGGGCAGUCCUGCACCCAGAAUACAAAUCCGCCUUCCACUCAUUCGAAGAUGCUCUGCAUAGACUCCUGCCGUAUCACGUCUACCAGGGCCUGCUCCCGUCCUCCCAAGACCUGAUGAAAGUGGAUGAAGAGUUUGAGGUAGUAUCUACUCAUCUUCUCAAGAGAACUCAGGCAAUGCUGAACAAAUACCGCCUUCUACUGCUGGAGGAAUCCAGGAGGGUUAGUCCUUCCGCAGAGAUGGUGAUGAUUGACAGAAUGUUUAUUCAGGAAGAAAAGGUUGCGCUUUCUUUAGACCGACAGUUGGCAAAGGAGAGACCAGAUGAGUAUGUAUCAACGUCUUCUGCUCGAUCUCUGUCCAUUACACCAUUGGUGGCAUCAGUUUCGUCUUCUCCUUGUCCUGCCCCAGCACCUGAGAGCCUGAAGCCUCCAGUGGUGCAGAUGUCAACCCCAAUCCACCCAACUAAGCUAGUGAUCAAGCACAGUGGCGGUGGUUCCCCUUCUGUUACCUGGGCCAAAGCUUCCCCUUCUCUUGACACCGAUGAUGAUGCUCUUCCGUCACGCAGUAAGCCACCAAUCAAGACAUAUGAGGCCCGUAGCAGAAUUGGCCUUAAGCUUAAAAUAAAACAAGAAGCUGGGCUGAGCAAAGUCAUUCACAAUACAGCCUUGGACCCUGUCCAUCAGAAUCCUUUACCACCACCACCACCUCCUCCUCCUCCUGUGACACCUGUCUCUGUUCCCACUGUUAUUAAGACAACAGCUCAUACAACGCCGGCCACCACCACCACCACACCAACUGGGCAAAUGAAUGGCACUCUGGACCACUCCUCACCUGCUGAGAAGAAACCUCUUGCCACAUACUGCCGGUUACCUUUGCGCAAGACCUACCGCGAGAAUGUGGAUGCUUUUGUGACCGGAAAACCACCGGAUGCUAGAAUGAAGGUGGAGAAAACACAGCAGGUGCCAGUUUCAACCCCACCAAUAAAGCCGGAAGAAGGGUUACGGAGCGUUAUUACAUCUCAUAAGACACAAGGGGUGUCUGAGCAUGAAAAGGGAAGGAAGGAGGACAGUUCCAAGUUGUUUUUUAGCAGAACAGAGACCAAGACCACCAAGAAUGAGGAGAGUCUGGUUGGAUUGAGGCGGGAAGCAAAGGAUGAAGAUCAGAGCUACUUCCGAAGGGCUAUUAAGACCGAACCACCAGAUAAUGAGACAGAGCUGAACUGGGAUGUACCAUUUCCUUCUGCAAAAAGGCUUAAAUCUGAACAAUUUGACGUGGACAAUGCUAGCUUCUCCAGUGAUAGUCCUCAAGAUGAUACUUUGAAUGAGCAUCUCCAGAGUGCCAUCGACAGUAUCCUCAAUCUACAGCAACCCCAGGGUGGAGGAGGAUCAAACACGCUCCUCCGUUCUUCCACCCAGCCUUCUUUCCACCACUCCUCCUCCUCCUCACCCUUUUCCUCUCCAGUUCACCGCACAGACUCGUACCUAACCCCUAAUCACAAUGGAGGCCUAGGGGCCAGGACGUUAAAUAGAUAACGGAGGGAGGGAUUGUUAUAAUAAACUUGAGCGAGCCGUUGAAAGUAAAUCAAUGAAAUUGCCUGGGGAAAAGGAGAUGAUAAUGGUUGUAGGACAUAAAUAGCCACAUGUAUUCGCAGGUGAAGGAGGUUCACAUUUCCAAAUUUAAGCCUCAAUUCUUUUGUCCAUUUGUUUGCUAUGGGCGACAAGUGGUUUAUGGAAAAAUUGUGUUGCACCUCCUGUAUCCUGGCUUGAGAGGACAAGCCGUACCAUAAAGAGGUACUGGUAUAUGGGGAUGUUUCUUGUCUGUCUUUGAAGACGAGUAUCAAGGACAUAAUCCAACCAGUGAUCUGUUGCCUUCAGAAAUGUAUGCUUUCUGUUCCCCAUCCUCACCACCUCCUCACGCCUUUUCCCAUCUCAGCCCAAUGAACUGUCAAAUGAAAAUGGACUUAAUGGAGAGGAAAGAAGAUUCACUAUAAUAUGAGACUGGCUUUAAAGCAGCACGUAUUUGAUUAUAUUGAUUAUUUUUCUUUAAGUUAUUCAAACAUCAAGUCAGGGGAUAUUUUUUUUUUCCAUGUUCUAUAUGUUGUGUUUUUUUAUUUUUAUUUUAUUAUUUUUUUAUUUUCCUGUCCUGGGGAAAUAGCUAAUGAAUGCACAGUUCACACAGAACAGCGUUAAACUGUUAACGUACAUUUAAAUGUUAUAAUUAUUAUAAUUAUUAUUAUUAUUAUGGGGGCACCUAGAAUUUGCAAUGGAUUCUUGACAAACUGGGGCAGUGAGUGGAAGAAGAAAGCAUCAGAAAACAAAAAGGUCAUGGAAUGCUUCUCUAGGCAAAAGUUGUUUAGUGCUAGGGUAACGAUUGGCCACGGAGCACGGACUGAGCUCUCAAAUUCCUCCUAUUUAAUUGGCUGAAUGUCAGAAGGUGUUACGGUUUGUUGUAGUUGCUCUAGUCCAUUGGACGAGGCGCCCAGAGAGGGUAUGUUGGAUAAGAUCAGCGUUGAAUGCCUGUAGACUAUAAUUUGCACACGGCUAAGAAUGUGACACUAUAUAUAAAUAUAUAUAUCAGAGUUUUGUUUUCCGUUAUCGCAAUGCGUUGGGGUUGGACUGCCAAAGUUUCACUUCAUGUUGAAUAUAAUGAAAGCCAGCCAACACCAGUAGUCACUUGCAGCAGGUAACAUUAUCUCCAUGGUGGGUGGAGACUUCCACAACUAGGGGUUCCCUUUUAUAUCAGAGAUCUCAAAGAGAAACCGUUGAUGAAUUCCACCACUAUCACUUGGCUUCGCAAGGCGGAAGCUGACUGGUUUCUUUUAAAAGUAGCACAGAAACCCAAUAAAGGGUAUGUCGUGACUUGCAGAUCGCACAGUAUAGAAUCUGAAUAUAUUGCCCCUUUACUAAAGUUCUACCUAAAACUCCCAUUUCUCCAAAGGGUGAUGCGAUCAGCCAAUCCUGUGUAACUAGUGCGGGUUUAGGCAGACCGGUGCACUCAUUAAACAAUAUUCCCAAAUUCACGCCAAUAUCAUGUAUUCUGUGCCAUUUUCAAAUACAUUUUCUGUUUUAUUUUUAAAAGAAUCACAAAACAUUAAACUCAUCCCCCAUCUCAUCUGUCACCCUCCAGCUCCCCCAAACCAACAUUACAGUCUGAAUAUAGUACUAUAAAGAAUUUGUACUGUAUUUAUAAUGUAUAAUGAUUUUUUUAAAAGAAUGAUGUACAUUUAGUACUUUGUGUAAAUUAAAUUUGCUCCUCUUUUUAAAAACUGCA